CUAUUAGAAUUUGGUUAUCUGUGCUAUCAUAUAUAGUCUGUAGUAAAAUAAAAAAUUUAAGAUUGAUAUAAUCUGUGCGUUUAUUUAGAUCGAUGGUGUGAAAGUGCAGUGGAUUUCAUUUGCGACGGAUUACAUUUUGCAAAUUUUUUGCUAGUCGCUGAUAGAUUUCGAUCGUAAUACAAAGUCUAUUUAAAAACAAAACAAAAUGGGUAACGAGAAUUCUAUUCCCAUGGAACUAUGUUCAAACUCGCGUGUAAACUGCAUUGAUUUUAAGGUGGAGAACUUCGACGCAGAUGAGAUCCGGCGACUGGGCAAGAGGUUCCGCAAGUUAGACUUGGACAAUUCCGGCGCACUGUCCAUCGACGAGUUCAUGUCCCUGCCAGAGCUGCAGCAGAACCCGCUUGUGCAGCGCGUCAUCGACAUCUUCGAUGCGGACGGGAACGGAGAGGUGGACUUCAAGGAGUUCAUCCAGGGCGUGUCGCAGUUCAGCGUGAAGGGCGAUAAGCUGUCCAAGCUGAGGUUCGCGUUCCGUAUCUACGACAUGGACAACGACGGGUUUAUCUCCAACGGAGAACUGUUCCAGGUGCUGAAGAUGAUGGUGGGCAACAACCUGAAGGACACGCAGCUGCAGCAGAUCGUGGACAAGACCAUCUUGUUCGCCGACAAGGACGAGGACGGCAAGAUCUCGUUCGAGGAGUUCUGCAACGUGGUGGGCAACACUGACAUACACAAGAAGAUGGUGGUGGACGUGUAGGCGGCGCGCGCCGUCCCGUCCGCUCUAGCUAGAACACUAUUUCAAUUGGUGUCGGUCGCGUCGCUACUCCUAUAUUCUUCGUUAGGCCGUAGUCGAGUAUAUUGCAAUUUAUUUCAUUACUUUGAGUGAUAUCAAUUUAAAAUACUUAUCAAUUUGCUUGAUGCUCGCCUUUGCUAUCGAGUCGACAUCUCGUUCUAUCGCCUAGUGUUGGCCGGUGACCACGAUGGCGUAGUGAUGUAGUUAUGCCGGAACCACGCGCAGAUAAAGCCGGCGCGAUAGUCUGGGCGAGCAGCGCGGCGGCGGCCGACAGCGACGCGACCGACCCGCGCUAGAUCUAUCGUAAUACAUUAAAUCAAAUCUAUUUAACUUUAAGUAAUACAUACAUUUUAUUAUAGUUAUAAAUCAUUAGAGGAUCUUUAUCGUAGUCGAAUCGGACGUAGAUUUUUAUUGUAGUUUUUGUUGCAGUAAUUUUACUUUAUUUUGUUAUUUAGUAUUUUAUUUGGACAGAGCUUGUAAGUUCAUCAUCGGUAGUUUGGGUUGAGGAUUAGCGGACGGCUGCUGACUCGACUGUGUUGUCAACGGAACUGUUUGUGCCAACACUGAGUGACGUCACUCGCCGCUGUCGUGAAGCCGCGCAGCACAGACGAGAUGUUUAAUGUUAAGAUGUAGAAUGUAUCUACUCCAUGUUUUAUUCUUGUCCACUGACACCAUGUCAAUCGACAGAGUCCGCGUCGAGCGGACCUGCCCGCUCCCCGGCAGGCACUAUGAACGAGGUCUGAUCGUUGAUUGGUUUCAGUGGACGCAGAGCUCUCGUAAUAAUCUCGUAUAGGUACUCGUUACUACUAUAUAAUAAUUCUAUACACUGAUCUUAUCGCCUUAUCCGAAUUUUAUACAGUUAAAAUUUUACGAUAUUAGUUGUUUAGACGUAGCUGUGUAUAAAGUAUGCGUCACUCAGCCCGUGCCCCCCGUCCUGUCUCACCCCCUCUCCCCGCAGGUCCUCGGCGCCCUGAAAUGACCGCGGCCGGCGCGCCAUGUCGCGGCGCAGGCUGGCUCGGUCCCACUAAAAGUGAAUGUACAAAAUAUUCUUAGUAUGUAUUCGAGUAAUUUUAUUGUAUUCAUUAUGUAUCAAUUUUUUGUAAUAUAUUGUAGGAAUGUUUCAGAGCUCAUCCGUUCGCGGCCGAUUUGUCAGUCGAAAUAUACAUAGUUAUUUAUCAUGCGAUUUUAAUUACGCAUAGUUAAUUCUUAUAGUCGUGUGUUGUUUAUAUUAUAAUAAUUAAGUCGUUUUACAUGUUACCGAGUUGUCAACGGCACCUUACGAUACUUUAGAAGCGAACGCACGUGAAUCUUAAUAUCUAGUCACAGCUGUUGUGCAUUAUUAUAUGGAUCAUAUACUUAGCUCCUUGUUAGUGAGUGACGCGCGACUGCACACGUCCAGCACGAGACAGCUUGCCUGCAGCGACUAGUCCACCCGACCACAGCUAUGAGUCAUUCAACGUUCAAAGACAAUCUGCGUAGUGCUAUUGUUUUAAGAACAUUCAUUUGGAUCUAAGUAAGCGAAAGUUACAUAUGACGUCAAGUAUUUCUUUCUCAUAAUGAAAUGUCUUCAAGAUCAUCAUUGACAAGACAUCUUGAAUAAUUCUAGCUAUUAAAUAUGAAUAUGCAAGUGCAUCGAGUAGUUACACCUCCUGAGUGCUACGUACGACGCAUGAUUAUGUUUUACCUACAUACGAUGCUUGGAACAUGGCGGGUGGGCCAUAAUGUGUUAUCAGUUAGUGGGCAAGUUUGGUACAUAUCUGUGUAGUGGGUAUAGGAACUGUUAAUGCUGAUGUCGUGUCGUCUGCUCAUCUCCAUCGGUAGGUAGCUUUACAAAGUCUACCCUAAAUGAAACUGAACAUGUUUUAUUAAAAAUUUUCAAAUUUCAAUGAU